AAUAAAUCUGAAACUUUCCUUAUUUUUUAUCAAAAGUAUUAAUUUCAGAUUCUAAUAGUAAUAAAUCUGAAUUUUUUUUCCUUAGCUUUUUUUCUUCAAAUUUUCCUUAUCAGCGGCUAUAUAAAGUCUUUAAGGUGGAAUCAUAAACACGAGCAUCCUUCUUCAUUUUGCACAGGUACUCGUCUGUUUUAUGUUUAUAUCCAAAACCUUUAGUAUUAGCUAUUUAUAUUUCAAUGUGUAUCAUUUUAGUUAUUCAAAAUCUCUGGUUUUAUUUACUAACUGAAUCAUACAUGUUUUAACAAUUUAACUUGCCUGAGGGAGUGUUAUGUAAAAUACACUUCUAUGCAUGAUCAUCUGGGAGUCUGCGAUUCAAUCUCAAGUUCUCAACAGAAUGGUAGAUUGGUAUCAAGAUGGUGAUGAGAAUCGUGGAUCUACGUUCAGACACCGUGACUAGGCCCACUGAUGCAAUGCGCGAAGCAAUGGCUAGUGCAGAGGUGGACGAUGACGUCCUCGGCUACGAUCCAACGGCUCGACGUCUUGAAGAGGAGAUGGCUAAGAUGAUGGGGAAAGAGGCAGCUCUGUUCGUGCCAUCUGGUACAAUGGGGAAUCUGAUAUGCGUUAUGGUUCACUGCGACGUGAGAGGCAGCGAGGUGAUUCUUGGGGACACUUGUCACAUCCAUGUGUACGAGAACGGAGGGAUAUCAACAAUAGGUGGCGUGCAUCCUAAGACAAUCAAGAAUGAAGAAGAUGGGACAAUGGACUUGGUGGCUAUAGAAGCAGCUAUUAGAGAUCCUAAAGGAAGCACGUUUUAUCCAUCUACAAGGUUGAUUUGUUUGGAGAACACACAUGCCAACUCUGGUGGGAGAUGUUUGAGUGCGGAGUACACUGAUAGAGUUGGAGAGAUUGCUAAGAGACAUGGAUUGAAGCUUCAUGUCGAUGGAGCUCGCAUUUUUAAUGCUUCCGUUGCACUUGGAGUUCCAGUACAUAGGCUUGUGAAGGCUGCUGACUCUGUUUCGGUGUGUCUCUCUAAAGGUCUUGGAGCUCCGAUAGGAUCUGUAAUCGUUGGUUCACAGAGCUUCAUAGAAAAGGCCAAAACGUUAAGGAAAACAUUAGGUGGAGGAAUGAGACAGAUAGGCGUCCUGUGUGCAGCCGCUUUGGUCGCACUCCAAGAGAAUCUCCCAAAGCUACAAUCUGACCACAAGAAAACAAAGUUGUUAGCUGAAGGGUUGAACAAAAUGAAAGGGAUUAGAGUGAACGUUGCAGCCAUGGAGACAAACAUGAUAUUCAUGGAUAUGGAGGAUGGAUCAAGACUGACCGCUGAAAAACUCCGCAAGAGUCUAACCGAGCAUGGCAUUCUAGUCAUCCCUGAAAGCUCUUCACGAAUCAGAAUGGUUAUACACCACCAGAUAACAACAAGUGAUGUGCAUUACACAUUGUCUUGCUUACAACAAGCAGUGCAGACGAUUCAGGAACCAUGCCAGAACUAAAUUGGCGAAACCAAAAUGCUCUUUCUCUCUUUUAAAUAUUGUUUGUUCCAGUUAUUUUUAGUUAAAAGCUACAAGGACCCAACUAUCUAUCAAUGAAAUUGUCACCCUUAUGUCAUCCAUUUUAUUAUUGUA